GCCACUGGCAACAAAUGUCAUUUCGCUUUAUAUUUUUUUUUGGUAUCAGAGCAAUCUGGAUCUUUUUUGUACCCCAAAAACAUCUCAUAAAAACCCAAGUCCCCCAAGCGCACGCCCCCACUGGCCCAUUUCUUGUCAUUUUAACCGCCGUUUCGCUGACGCCUCGAAGGUUACGCGUCCGUUCGACCUCAAACCGGUAGUGAUUCGUUUAACCUCACUUCUGCGAAAACAAAAAUGGACCAGUUUCCGUUCAUGCACGAGUGUUUGAAGGAGUUUAAUUACCCGAACAUACAUGGCAUGGAUGAGGAGGAGGUAGCUGAUGUGUUUUCCAAAGUCAAUCGACAGUUUUUGAUUGGGUGGAUAUUGAAGCAAAUCGAUGACGAUUACUGCGACAUUGUUGAAAUUGCAACCAAAGAAGAAUUAGGGCACCUGAUUUAUUGUAGCGGGUUUUGCAGUACCUCAGAAAAGGAUAAGUUCAUGAAUGGGGAUUGUGAACCGUCAGAACAGUUCGCCGUAUUAUAUAAGAUGUUCACGCAUCUGAAACUAGUUUCCGAGGUCAAAAAAUUUGAUGAACCUCCUAGAACCGUUUCCCUUGAAGAAAUAGAAGAUGUUCUGAAAUUUGACAACAAUUUAUUUCCAAUGUAUGGUCCAAAGAGAACCCUCACUCCUGAAGAACGAGCAAAAAAACUAGCAGAUUAUCGGAAAGAAAUUGAGACUUUACAAAAGUCUCUCAACUCGGAAAACGGAGUUGAAAAUGAGUUUGUACUUGAUCCCACCCUGAAUCACCAAUUGGCAUCAGUUAUGGACAAGUUAGAGAAGAAUUUUCCCGAGUUUACAAAAAAAAAUUUAGAAGUAAUGAAAAACACGGAGUCUGUGGAUACCGAGAAGAGUUUAGUCAGUGAAUUUGAGGAAACACUUAAGACGUUUAGUCAACAGAUUGAAACAGCGCUGGAGUUUAUUAAAAGCAUGAACGUGGUGAUGAAUUUUAAAGCAGAUUAUAUGAAGGUGGAACAUGAACAGAACAAAAGUAUCGCUAUGAUGAGUGAAUUGGUCGAGUUGUGUGAAGAAGUCGCCGCUUUAAAGCAAGAACACAAUGUUUAGAUAUUUGUAAAUUUUUGUAUUUUCGUAUAAUUAAAUGUUACCUAUCUA